GCACUGCGCCGGGAACAGUAACGGGACCAGAAGAGCAAGUGGACAGGUGUCUCUAGAGAAUCCGAAGCCGUGGAAAGGCAAAAGGAGCCAGGGGUUGAGCUAAAAACGGGUGCCAUGAAAAGCUGCUAGCAAGCCAGAACUCCCAGAAGUUACACCCUUUGUUAAAGAGGUCCAAAAUGCCGCACAUCGACACAGACAUUAAGUUGGACUUCAAGGAUGUCCUCCUGAGGCCCAAACGGAGCACCCUCAAAUCCCGCAGUGAGGUGGAUCUCAUGAGGUCUUUCGUGUUCCGGAAUUCCAAGCAGACGUAUACCGGGAUCCCCAUCAUUGCUGCCAACAUGGACACCGUGGGCACCUUUGAGAUGGCCAAGAUGCUCUGCAAGUUCUGCCUUUUCACAGCCAUCCACAAACACUACAGCCUGGAAGAGUGGAAGGAGUUUGCAGCCCAGAAUCCAGAGUGCCUUCAGAACGUGGCAGCCAGUUCGGGCACCGGGCCCUCGGACUUCGAGCUGCUGGAGCAGAUUCUGGAGGCCGUGCCCCCGGUGCGCUACAUCUGCCUGGACGUGGCCAACGGCUACUCGGAGCACUUUGUCCAGUUCCUGCGAGACGUGCGGAAGCGCUUCCCUGACCACACCAUCAUGGCCGGUAACGUGGUGACAGGGGAGAUGGUGGAAGAGCUCAUCUUGUCGGGAGCCGACAUCAUCAAAGUGGGCAUUGGACCAGGCUCGGUUUGUACCACGCGGAAGAAGACGGGAGUGGGCUACCCCCAGUUGAGCGCUGUCAUGGAGUGCGCCGAUGCAGCCCACGGCCUCAAGGGGCACAUCAUCUCGGAUGGCGGCUGCAGCUGUCCGGGGGACGUGGCCAAGGCUUUCGGAGCCGGCGCGGACUUUGUCAUGCUGGGGGGGAUGCUGGCUGGACACACCGAGUCAGGGGGCGAGCUGAUCGAGAAGGGGGGCAAGAAGUACAAGCUGUUCUACGGCAUGAGCUCAGAGAUGUCGAUGAAGAAAUAUGCGGGGGGCGUCGCGGAAUACAGGGCCUCGGAAGGGAAGGUGGUGGAGGUGCCGUUCAAGGGCGACGUGGAGCACACCCUGCGGGACAUCCUGGGGGGCAUCCGCUCCACCUGCACGUACGUGGGGGCCGCCAAGCUGAAGGAGCUCAGCCGGAGGACCACCUUCAUCCGGGUCACCCAGCAGGCCAACCCCAUCUUCGACCAGGGGGACCAGCCCUGACGCGACGCCUUGGGAGGAAGCGGCUCCGGUCGCUCACACACUGACCCCCAUCCGCCUACCUUUUGGGAGCGGAGACUGGCCAGACGUCCAGCAUCUUCUCAUUCCAGACGCCGACCAAUCACGCAGGCCCUCUUCACUCCAGGCAGAGAUCCGCUGCCAUUUCCUGGUUCAUUCCAGUGCACACUCUGGUUCCCCCCCCAGCUCCAGUUACGUGGGGGGUGUGUGUGAGGUGGAGUGUGUGCACCCUGGGGAGGGGGGCGUCCCCGCCCCGUGAGCGAGGGUGCUCCCCAACCCCGCUUUCCCGUCCUCCCUCCCUGUGACGGGUCGCGAGACAGACGGAGAGAGAAAUGUCAAAGGUUUCACAGUCUUUACUGAAAUUAUAUAAUAAAA